AAAAAACAAAUGAUUCUGAUUCCGAAGAUGAUGAUGAAGCAGAUAAACUUAAGGAUUCCCACAUGAAAGUACCCAAGAUUGUAGGCAUGGGUAUGUCAGGUGUAUUUGAAUUGAUCAGAGAAACCAAGACAACACAUCCAGUACUAUGUGGAAGAGCUCUGCAGUCGUUGUUAGAUAUCUUACAAGGUCAAACACCAGAAGGGUUAUCUAAGGAACCACCACUAGUUAUAGAUUGUUUAUUUGAAUUACUAAUGGAGUUGACAACGGACAGUGAUACUGGUAAUAGUGUACCCGAUGGUCAUCAGUCACUCUCAUCUCUUGGUUGUUCAUCCUUACUUAGUUUAGUUGUAGCCAGAGGAGACACAGGAAAGCUGCUCACUGCUAUCACUGCAUUAUUGAGGAGCAAUACACAUACAGCCUUACAAGCGAUCAAAAUCCCAUUAGUGCUAGGUGCUCUGCAGAAAAGUGUACAGUCUGUCAUUCUUGGUAAAACUCUUCAUCCAACUUGGUUGUCAUCAGGAGUUACAAAUAAAGCAUUACUGGACUCUUUCAAUAUAUCACAUGUACCCACCGAUGGGAAACAAGAAGGCACUUAUGGUGCCAUAGCUAGUGAUGGCAGUUAUCUUUACAUUCACAAUAGUCUGGGUCUUUUUAAAGUUGGCACUGGAUAUAAUAGUACUAUAAAGGGACAUGUGUACAAAUCACGAAGUGACUUCCACACAGCUGAUCAAGGCUGGUUAAGUUUUGUCAAAGGUUUACUGUUCUAUCAGUAUUUAGGAUCUAGAAUUUUAAUGAACAUUAAUAUUGAAACUUUGGAAGAGGAACGGCCAUAUGAAGUUACAGGGGAAUCCGGUGAUAGCUGUGUAAUGUUCACAAAUGGUGAUACGAUAGGUGAAAUAUCAGCUGGCAAAGAUGAUGGUUUUGUGAUACGAAGUUAUAGUCCGCUUACAUCACCAAUGCCGUGUGUAAAUGAACUACCAUUCAAAUUGGCUAGGAAGUGUUUGCUAGCAUUCGGACAAUCAACUUAUGAUUCACAGAAAGAAAUCCAUACUUUGUGUCUUGGAAUGGAUGAAGAUCCAUUAACAGUGAAUGGAGGCAAAGAUUUCUCACUGAUCAGAACUGCUACUGGCAAGAUGCUGUAUAUUGGUAAACCUGUGAGUCUGGGAUUGAAACAAGGAGGUGGUAUGAGUAACAAAUGGAGUGAGUUACCCAUUACAAAGUCACCUAAGAUUACACAGUGUUCUGUAGGACAUGAAGGCCAACAUUCCAUACUUAUUACUGAUGAUGGUACUGCAUUCUUUGUUGGUACAUCUAAAAGAGGAGAAGAUGGUGACCAAGUGAAAAGUCGAAGACUGCACAAAGUAUCCAAACCCAAGAAGAUCUCCAAAAUGGACGGUAAAUGUGCUGUACAUAGUGCAUGUAAUAAUGGAAGCAGUGCUUUGGUUACAAAACAGGGUGAAAUGUAUAUAUUUGGUAAAGAUAACACAUACGCAGAUCAUUCCACAGGUUUAGUGACUGAUUUAAAAGAUGUUCAGGUAUCCUCAGUAUCACUAGGGAAAGCACAUGCAUGUGUUCUUGCCAGUAACGGAGACGUCUAUACAUUUGGUAUAAACAAUAAAGGACAAUGUGGUAGAGAUUAUGGAGGACCAUCUGUAAAAGAAGGUUUGGCCCAAGCUGCUGCUAUGUCGAUAUCAGUGAAUGAUGAAGACAAUGAGGAGGAUGAAAUAGAUGGAGAAGAGAGUCAUGGAAUGUGUCCAUCAGGAUCCCAUAAAUGGAAACAUGAACAAUGUAUGGUGUGUACAAUAUGUGGUGAAUGUACUGGAUAUGGUCCUAGUUGUAUAAGUACUGGGGGACCAGAUAGAGUAACAGGAGCUUUAUGUGGUUGUGGUACUGGUGAUGCUGGCUGUACUAAGUGUGGAUGCUGUAAAACCUGUGCUGGUGAAGGUCAAGAUAAAGAGUUCUCUGGUGGAUGGUUAGAGGCAUUGGCCCGGCAUGGUGAACUCCUACCGUUGGAUAUUCUAGCCAAGAAACAGAUUGAAGAUAGACGACGGUAUCAACCAAUUGGAUUCCGACAAAUAGGCAAAGUGUUAUUAGAUGCAGACCAAGGUAGUGCUAGUGGUGAUGACAAUAAAGAUCAUGAUAAAGAUCAGAGUAAAACGGUCACUCAUCCACCAAGUAAAAUACUCAUUGGAAUAGGAGAUGUGGCUACUACUCAGAUAUCAUGUGGUUUACAUCAUACUGUGGUUCUCUUGCAAAAUGGGGAUGUGUAUGCGUUUGGGAGUGGACAGUAUGGACAGCUUGGCCAAGGUGAUACGUCAACACGAGGUGCACCAACACUGGUAGUUUUACCUGUUGCAGCCAGUCAUGUAGCUGCUGGUAGUAAUCACACUGUGGUUCUACUGGAGAAUGGACAAGUAUUUACAUUUGGAAGUCAUCAGAAAGGACAGUUGGGGCGUGCUGCACCAGGUGAUGAGCAGUCUUGCAGACACUGGUAUGCAGAGCCGGGUCUUGUACCUGGUAUUGGUGCUCAGUCUGGCAGGAGAGCCACGUGGAUUGGUGCUAGUGGGGAUCAGACAUAUAUGAAAGUAGAUGAAUCGUUGAUCAAUGCCAAUACUUUGGCAAAAUGUAAAGUCUUUUCUAAUCACAAAUCUAUUGGUCUAAUUCCCACUGAUAGUGCAUCCACUGUUAAAUGCCUCAUGAUCAGUGGAUCUGAUGGCAAUUGUAAGAGUUUCUCUGGUCCAGAUCAAGUCACAUUGAAGGAUAGAUGUAUAUGUUUAGAUCCAGUCUACGAUGUGCUAUGGAGUUAUGACCCUUUAACAAGUCAUGUGUGCUGUUACAACGUCCUGACUGGAGAUGCCCAUGACAUUGUGACGAAAGAUAGCAGUGAAAGGCCUAGUAUUUUAAAUUGUGAAUUUACCAUACCAUGCCAGUCGGAUACAUCUACCACAAGGGCACAUUGUGCUUUGAACUUACUUUGCUGCUUAGAUACGUUAACAACAUCACAGGAUGUGGGCAUUGUAGUUGCUGAACAGAGGCAGGAUUUCCAUUCCACUGCCAGAGUAUUUACUAAGGAUGACUUUACUAUUGUCAACCGAUUUGAAAGUCAUGGAGGAGGCUGGGGAUAUUCGGGACAUUCAGUUGAAGCUAUCAGAUUCACUGUAGACUGUGAUGUUGUACUUGGUGGGUUAGGAUUAUUUGGCGGCAGGGGAGAAUACACAGCCAAGAUCAAGGUGUAUGAAUUAGGUGUUGAUGGAGGUGAUCAUGAAAGUGAUGGUGAUCUACUAGCUGAAUCAGAUGAUACUAGUUAUGAAUGUGGAGCAAGAGAGAAAUUUCCAGUUCUGUUUGAUGAACCAGUGCUGCUAUGUGCCAAUAUCUGGUAUGUAGCAUGGGCUAGGGUGUCUGGACCAAGUAGUGAUUGUGGUUCUGGUGGAAUUAUGACUGUGACUUCAGAUGACCAAGUUGUAUUUAGGUUCAAAAGUUCCAAGAAAUCCAAUAAUGGAACCGAUGUGAACGCUGGCCAGAUUCCACAAAUACUAUAUAGGUUACCUUUAGCAGAUACAUCAAGUGGUAGUAAUGUGACCAAAGAAGUAGAACCUAUUCAUAUACUAUCAAGGCAAUUUAGUAGAACAGUGUCAUCAGCGUGUUUUGAUUCGUUACUCAAUCUACUGGAAUGGAGCUGGGCAACAUUCAACAAAUCAUUACUGGAGAUCCAAAGCCUGAAAGGAACCAAUUUAACUGCUGCGUUGUUAGACCUAAAUAGACUAGUCUAUUUGAGUACUGCUAGUCUGCGAUUGCUAAAGAUCUACACAUGUGAAGUGUAUCCAAACGGAAGUAAUGCUAGAACACCACCAGAGACUGAAACCUUAGCAGAUUGUGUUGGCAAAACAAGAACACUACUAUGUAAAAUACUCUCCGAGAAAUCAGUGUAUUCUAUAAAAACCAGAGGAAAAGAUGACGUACAUCAUAACGAUUUAUUGGAUAUGAUUCUGUUGGAAUGCCAUCACACAUUUGUCAAUUGUUUUCAUGCGUUUUAUCCAACAAACCAACUGAAAUGGAUUUGUUUAUGUGAUCUUCUUAGUCAAAUGAAUCCGGAAGAUAAGGCGAUCACAAAUUGUUUCCUUUUAGCCGCAGUCUUAGAGGCGUUAUGUCAUCCAUCAGUUAAACUCACAAAUCUUCUGCCAAUAGUUAGAGAAACUGAAGCUGCAUCGUUAGCUUUACAACGACAACUUAGUAACGAUGAUAAUGCUAGCUGUGCUACAUUAGUUGGUGAACACAUAAGAUAUCCAUUACUUGUAUCAAAUCUGGAAAUGACACUUCAGGUGGAUGGAUGUAGUAGUAUGGGGAAUUUCAGAGAAGUUCUUGCAAAACUCAUGUCCAUUAUAGUGCUUCCUGUUAGACACUCGCUGAAAAAGGAAACUUGUACAAUUCCACCACUACUGGUUUCCAACGCGUGUUCAUUAUUAGCUUGUAUUGUUAGUGAGCUAGCAGCAUCAGCUACUGGAUCCGAGAAUGAUAUUCAGAGUACAGGUCGACCUAUUUUGACCACGCCGACAAGGUUUGCACGUGUAAGCCAGGGUCGUAGCUGGAAUACUGGCAAUGGAUCACCGGAUGCUGUAUGUUUCAGUGUUGAUAGAUCCGGUGUCAUCAUUAUAGGUUUUGGUGUGUUUGGUGGACUUGGACAGUAUGAGUAUGAAUUAGAACUAUUAGAUGAUAUAGAGGGUAGUAGCGAUGGUCAUAACCACAGGUGGAAUUCAUUAGAAAUAAUUAAAGGUACAUAUGGAGCGGAUGACUGUGUCAAUGAUGUUGCUGAAAUAAGAUUUGAAAGACCGGUUCCUAUCAAGGAAGGAGUCAAGUAUGCGGUGAGGCUACGUAAUCAUGGCAACAGGACAUCCAAUGGUGAUGGUGGAUUGGCUCAGAUUAAAGGCCCUGAUGGCAGUACAUUUACAUUUAGUUCCUGUUCUCUCAGUAGUAAUGGUACAAAUCACACGAGAGGACAACUUCCAACAGUAUUAUAUCAAACAACACCAAAUGAAGGAGAGGUUUCGACUCCACACAAUAGUCAAGCAGCAGCUGAGAUGCAAUCAAGGAAUAAUGCUAUUACUAUAACAAGUGCAAUAAUUAAAUCAGCAACUGAUAUAUUGGAAAGAGCACAAUCACACCAAAAUGGUGAUCUUGUUGAACUACUUGGUUCUGUUCAUCUGUUUUCUUCGUUGUUACCAUUAGUGUUAGCUAGUAUUGCACCUGUUGCUUCCACUGAUCCUAGAAGUGCAGUACAAGUGUUAUCAUUGAUAGAAGAAAUUCUACCCAGUGUAGCAGGAGUGAAUCUGCAUAGUGCACCACAACCUACAAGUCCUAGCUCAGUACUUAGUGGACAGCAAUCUGAUUGUAGUACACUGAGUCCUACUGAUAGCCAUGCAAUAACUACAUCUACUCAUUACGCCAUUGUUGAAAGUGAACAUCCAUAUAAACCAGCCUCAGUGACUUCUUAUAAGGUUUCCUUCUCUGAAGCAGUUCAGUGGAUGACACUGGAAUUUGAUCCUCAGUGUGGAACAGCACAGCCAGAAGACAGUGUCAAAUUAUACAUACCUAAUAAAUCAGCUAAAGAUGAUCAGUCAACUGAAAAUCCUCUGAUUCCAGUCUUGAAGAAGUUCUAUGGUGGAUUAAACUGGCCAUCUAUGGCUGUUAUAUUACCAGGUGUGAAAACACUACUUGUGCGUACUGGUUGCUUAUAUUUCUUACAUGUUUGUGUUCUGUGCACAGGUAAUGAAGUUCACUUCACAUUAGAAACUGCCUCUGAUUAUGUAAAAGAUGAGAAGGCAUCGUUUUAUGGUUUUAAAUGUACCGUUAUUGGCUAUGAAUGGGUGUCAGCACCAGAAGAGGGAAUGGCGCAGUUGGAGAAGGAGUUAUCCUACUUGGGAGGUAUGUGUGCCUCAUCCUUGUUGAAGAAAGACUUGAUACUUCCACCAACUACGACUGAAGAAGCAGAGGAAGAUUUGGAUGCUUUGGAAGAAACUAUAUUUAGUAAUCACUCCACUCUACUGAACAAGGCGUUUGCAUUGAGUAGUCCUCUGACUGUGCAUCAAGCAUUAGAUGGUAACAUACCAAUAUGUACACAGUCUAAUGAGAGAGCCUUCCUUAAAGAUUUUGUCUCAUGUAGUUCAGCUACAAGCGGUGGCAGACUGGCAAGAUGGAUCCAACCAGAUUCCUAUGUAGAUCCAAAGCAGUGUGAUAUAUUGUUUGACAAAGACAAUAUUAAGUGUAGCUGGCCUGCUGUUAUAACAUUACAAACAAGAGAUCAGUAUGCAGAUCUUGUACAUGUUCCCAAUCUUAAAGUUGAAGCCAAAGCUGUGCCUGUGAUCAGAAAAGAUAACGCUGAGAGCAACACAAAAUAUCACAAAUCUAAAGGGAAGUCUCUUGAAAAGGAUAUGACCUAUGGUGGACACCCAACGCCGAAAAUAGAUACUCUGUAUGAACCUACUGCCACAAACCAUGUGAACUAUAUCUCUAUCACCAUGAUGAAAGAAUAUGAAAACUAUUCAUUUGAGGAAUUGAGAAUUGCUUCACCUAUUGUUAGAAGACCAGAUGAGAACAUGUUAGUAAGAGCUAAUAAUGAUGGUAGUUAUCAUGCUAAUUGGACUCCGGGAUCAGCUGGAACCUAUGCAGUACAUGUGACAAUUGAUGGAUACCCUAUGGAUGAUGUACCACAGAUUGAAGUUGGUGAACCGCCUCAAGGAGUAACACCCCCUAAUCCAGCUGCAACCAAGAAACCACAUCAACCAAGCAAGGUACGUAAGUAUGUUGCUUCUCACAGUCAGGGUUUACGUAUUCGUACCAGUCCAUCAUUACAAAGUGAGCAGAUUGGUAUUGUUGGCGUCAAUGAUACCAUAACAUUCGUUGAUGAAGUGCACAAUGAAGACGGGGUGUGGCUAAGAUUAAAUUCGGAAACAAUUCAUAAAUAUUGUGGUACUAAUGGAUAUAAAGAAGCAUGGUGUUUAUCUUACAAUCAGCAUCUAGGAAAGACAUUACUUGUACCUGUAGAGUUGAAGAGUUCAGAAGGUAACAUAUGGGUAAAACUUGAUCACGAAAGUAUGCAGCGUUAUUGUGAAAGUACUGAAGGUGAGGCUUGGUCAUUAGCAAGAAACAAAGACGCUAUAUACCUUAUGCAUGAAGCUGAUCUAGAAAUUGAGGAAGAAAAGGCCAAAUUAACAGCACCUUUUGCUUUGGAAUUCACAUCUGGUCGAUCAACUCCACCCAAAGUAGCCGGUUUUGAUUUCAAGAAAGCAGCAGCCACUGCCAGCUCAGGACCAUUGAUGUUUGGUGGACAUGCCAGCAAUGGCCUUAAUGGACCUGUUAUACCAAAUGUGCCUACUUUUGGCAGCCCUAGUAAAAAUGAAAUCAUUCCCGAAAAUCAAACUGGGCCAUUUGUCUUCGGCCAAGCAAAAGGGCCAUCGUUUCCUUUUGGACAAGGCGCUGCAUCAUCAAAUGAAUCGGCAACAGAGCAAGUGGAAAAGAAAUUUGUUGAAAAAAUAAAGGACAGCUUAGAUAAAUCUUCUCAGGGAAUUCGGCUUCUAGAAGACGCUGCUGGUACCCCUUCUUCAUCUGGUCAUGAUAGUCUCAAAGGGCAUUUUAGUAUUGGUAGAUUGGAUGGGCGUUCAUCACCGCAACGGAGCCUAUCACCUAAGACUUUAAGGAAAACUAAAACUGGGAAACGUGAAAGAACAUCAUCACCAGCACCUAAGGAUAAACCUCCAGCAAGAUCACGGUCAGGGUCUUUUAAAGCUAGCGAAAAUCGAUUCAGAGAGUCUUUCAAACAGGCUGUUUCAGCCUCAGUUGCAGAGACUGCAAGAUCUGUGUUUGCUUCUUUUCUAUGGCAUGAAGGAAUUGUCCACGAUGCCAUGGCGUGUGCUUCAUUCUUGAAAUUUCAUCCAGGACUUAGUAAACAGGCUACUAGUUUACCACAACCCACACCUGAACCCGUCCCUACUCAUGAAAAACUGAAGAAUAGGUACUCGGCAGAUUUCAGCCAAAGCAUGCCUGAAUCUGCAAUAGCAUCUCUACAAGACCCAGAACUUUUGGCAAAGCUAUGCAAUGGCAACAAGGAAGUUGAUGGAACUUCAAGUGGUGGAAGUGCCAGUCCAAGAGAAUCACCAAGAAUGAGCACAUCAUCUGAGUCUUCUCCUAGGAAGGGACAUUCAUCACCUAAAAAGGCAUCCAGGGAAGCAUCUCCUAAAACAUUGUCCAGGGACUCCUCUCCAAAGAGGUCUAUUGACUCCUCGCCCAAGAAGACUCCAUCAGAGUCAAUGUUGAAAGGUUCUCCUAAAAAAAUACAUGUUGGUAUUGUGGCAGAGUCUGAUAAGCAGCCAUCGGAAUCUCCAUUAAGAGGGUCGCCUAAAAAAACGCCUGUGGGUGUAAUUGCUGAGGCUGAUAAGACAAGGUCCCCAAGAAAAUCGCCCAAGCACUCACCAAAAGUUUCUCCGAAAAGUUCUCCAAAACCUUCUCCAAAAUCCUCACCACUGCUUUCGCGAAAGGCUAAACAGUUGACAACGUCUUCCGAUGUUUUUAGUAGUGGAAGAUUGCACACUCCUUCAGUAACUCCAAGAGAGAGGUCGGCCAGUACCUCAAAAACUGAUGGACUAUCCCUUAGGGAUUCACAGACAAUGCAGAAUAACAUUAAAAAAGAUCUUGCUCCUGAGUCAGCACUCCCACCCACAUUAAAACACCUUGUAUCUUUCUGGGAAGACCUCUCCAGUGCUGUUUUAAAUGUGGCUGCUCAGCAGAUUGUUCUCCCAAGUCCAGCUGUUAUUGUGAAAUCAUCAAAAACCAAAAAUGAUAAAAAGGAUAGGGACCGUGACAGGAGUCGUAAAGAUAAGAAAAAACGUGAAAAAGCUCCCUUAGGUAGAGGUAAUCUUUUUGGCGAGGCAGCUGGUGUGCCUAUAGGUGCUGGAGAAAGAGAAUCAGUUUGUGAACUAUGUGAUGGAGUCUUUCCGCAUCCUGUCACGUACCAUAUGAGACAGAACCAUCCCGGGUGUGGCAGGCAUGCUGGAGGACAAGGGUACAAUAGCAGUGGGAAUUUCUGCGGCGGUUGGGCUGGGAACUGCGGAGACGGUGGCAGGGGAGGAAGCAGUUGGUAUUUGAUGUGCGAUCGGUGUAGAGAAAAGUACCUGAAAGAAAAACGUUCUAAUGCCUCAAAAGAAAAAGUCAAGAAACUGAAGAAAAAACCUCCUCCUUUGCGAGUUUCCAAGGUGUUGCCCCCUGUGGAAGCUCAUCACAUUAUGAAAGCCAAUGCUUUAUUUCUGCUUGAUCUUGCCAGUGCUGCCGGACCCUUACUUCCAUCGAGUAGCCCUGUUAAAAAACAAUCCAAAUUUGAUUUGCCAGUCCUAAGUGAAAUGGAUUUACAGACUACGUCAGAAUUUCCUCACUCAGUACCAUUCCAGUUUCUGAAAAUGUUACGUGGUGAACACCAUUCUGAAAUGCUGCCCUUGAUUCUUAGAGAUGUUGAAAUGUUUACACGUGAUGGAAGACUUGAAGCAUCCAUUAAUGCCAGGAAUGACAUGCUUCCUCAGUCAGAUUUGGAUGGCCGUAAAGGUGGUGGGAGUAGUACCAAAGAAAGACCCAAAAGUGCAAUAGAACUAGAUCCUAGACGUAUGCCAUUCCAAAGAUCAAUAUCAAUGACUAAUAAUGUAGAUGAUGAAAGCGCUAAAGUUAUUAUUAAACCAAGAAUCCAGAGGAGGAGAAAUAAUAGUGGUAGUACAACAUCUUUUACAGAAGGGGGAUCGUCUUUGCUAAGACGACCGUCACCAGCAUUAGCAAAACUUGUAGGUGGUGGAAAUAACGAGAAAGCUUUACAGAGACCAGUUAUUUCAUUUAUUAUGCAACGGUACGAUUUAGAAGGUUUAAAAAUUGCGAUGAAGCAAGCUGUAAGAAAAGCGGCAUGUCGUGUACAUGCUAUGCAGGCACUUAAUUGGUUAUUACGUAAUGUUACUCAAGCCACCUGUUUGCAUGAUCUCUUGUGGCAUUUUGUAUCAUCUUUAAUGCCUGUACCACCAGAGAAGGAAGAAGAAACAGCUGAAAACAAUAAGAAAGAUCAACCAGACCCAGAUAAAGACGUUAUAAUGUGUGAUCACCCGUUAGCUGAUAUCACCAUAGGUGGCGAAUCGAUAAAUCCCUUGGGUGUUGCCUUUCAUUCUUUAUUACAAACCAUAUCUGAUAUUAUGAUGUUAUUACCUCAUGGUAGCGCUCUACAAUUAAUGGCUAUCAGAUGUUGGUGUCUACGAUUCCGCCCAUCAGAUCACGUCUUCUUACACCAUUCGCAUGUGUUCAGCAACAUUAGUAAAAUAUUAUCCAAGUCAGAUGAAGGCGAUACCGAUGAUGUAAUGCUCAAUAGUAGUGCUAGUUUUAUUGGUGAGAUUGUACUUCCAUCAGAACAGUCUGUUGUCACAGUAAGUUGUCUCAAAGACCUAACAUCAGUAGCUGAUAUCCAAGUAUCUAGCAGAGCAGCAAUGUUAUCCAGCCUUACAGACAGUUCUACAGAGACAUUCUGGGAAUCCGGUGAUGAAGACAGGAAUAAAACAAAGUCAAUAACAUUGACUUGUAGUGAUGCAAUGGUUCCAGUUGUGAUUGCUGUACAUAUAGAUAAUUCAAGAGAUAUUGGUGGUGUUAAUGAUUCUGAUCUGAGAGAACACAUGGUUGGGAUAUUGUUCAGUCGAAGCAAACUAACUCAUUUACAGAAACAGGUGUGUGCUCACAUAGUGCAAUCUAUCCGUAAAGAAGCCUCGCGAGUCAAAGAAGAAUGGGAAAACAGUUUGCUAAAUAAAGAUGAUAAAGAUAACUGUGUUGUCAUAGCUUUAUCUGAUGCAUACUGUUUUGAAUUAUUGUCUAUGGUUCUUGCUUUGAGUGGAUCCAGUGUUGGUAGGGUGUACAUUGCACAGCAGGUUACACUCAUACAGGAUGUACUCACAUUACUACAUACAGGAUCCCCAAGAGUACAACGACAGGUUGCAUCUAUCUUACGAAGAAUUCUUCCAGAAAUCACGCCACAGCAGUUUGCUAGUAACAUGGGUAUAUCAUCUCUUCCACCAACGGAUAUCAGUAUACUAACACAAUCAAAUAAAUCACAACCUUCAACCGAUGAUUAUGUUGGCAUACUAGAUAUAUUGUUGGCGUGUAUGGCUAAGGCAUUGACAGUACAAGUCAAGGUCAAAGGUGGUAGUGGACCUGCUGGUACACUGGGUGGCAAGGGAGUGUGUACAUUGACAGUAGCAUCUAUGAUGAACCCAAGUGUUGAUGAUAAGCAAAUUAAGAAAACUGAUGAUAAGAGAUGGUGGUUAAAGGGAAGCAUGGCUCAGAAUGUUGGUGAACUUAUUAUUAAACUACUUAAAGACAUGUCUCUUGGUCUGUUCUCAGAAGCUUGGUCACGUGUCACCAAGGGUGCUGUAGCAGAGUUACUAUUAGCUCUCACUAAAUUGGAAGAAGGAAAGAGAUUGCCGACGGAAUGUAUGAAAACACAUACUAUGUGGUUAUCCUUGGCAUCAUUAUGUGUGUUAGAUCAAGAGCAUGUUGAAAGAUUAUCGUCAGGUCAAUGGGUUGGUGGAUCAGAAGGACAACAGAGUAAACAUAAGCCAACAUGUGAUAAUCAUGAUGAUAACGAGACACUAGCUAUCAUAUUAUGCAAUAUGUGUGGUAAUCUGUGUGCGGACUGUGAUAGGUUUUUACAUUUACAUAGAAAGACAAAGUCGCAUCAGAGACAGGUUUUCAAGGAAGAAGAAGAGUCUAUCAAAGUAGAUUUACAUGAAGGUUGUGGUCGAACUAAACUAUUCUGGGUCAUGACAUUAGCUGACUCUAAAACGCUGAAAGCUAUGGUCGAAUUUAAAGAAACUGGUAAAUCAUCCAGUGGUAGUAGUCCUGGAUACUGUCGGUUUUGUAGCAGUGGACACAAUACUGGCUUAUUACCUGUGGGGUAUGUCUGCAGUGAUCCAGAAUGCCAGGAACAUGCCAAACAUGCAUGUAUCAAGACAUUACCAUGUGGUCAUCAAUGUGGAGGUAUUAUCAAUGAAGAUAAGUGUCUACCAUGUUUACAUGGCUGUAAAACAAAGGAUGGUAUCAAACUAAAACAAGAUGGUGAUGAUAUGUGUAUGGUGUGUUUCACAGAAGCUUUAUCCGCUGCACCAGCUGUUCAGGCUUAUUAUGGCGGUGAAGCUCGCUGUGAUCAAGAAGUUGGUGGUGCUGAUGAGUAUGAUCCUUCUGAGUUGGUUUGUGGUGGAUGUUCUGAUGUUUCCAGAGCACAGAUGUGUCCUAAACAUGGUACAGAUUAUCUGGAGUAUAAAUGCCGUUAUUGUUGUUCAGUGGCAGUCUUCUUCUGCUUUGGUACAACUCACUUCUGCAAUGCAUGCCAUGAUGAUUUUCAGAGAGUUACUAGCAUAGCUAAAUCAGACCUCCCACACUGUCCAGCAG